AUGGCCCGGCCGGGCGGCCUUCACACCCCACUCUCAGUGAUGGCGCCCGUGGAGGCCCCGGCGCGCUGCCCGCGCUUAGGCCGGAGGCCCCGCAUGCUGACAACUUAUGCUGCACCAACCCCUGAGCAGGCAUAUGGCGAUGGUCCAUACAGUGGUGCAUACCCGCCAGGAACUCAAGUUGUCUAUGCUGCAAAUGGGCAGGCUUAUGCUGUACCCUACCAGUACCCAUAUGCAGGACUUUAUGGACAACAGCCUGCCAACCAAGUCAUCAUUCGUGAGCAGUAUCGAGACAAUGACAGUGACCUGGCGCUGGGCGUGCUGGCUGGAGCACCCACAGGCAUGGCCUUAGGGUCUCUGUUUUGGGUCUUUUAGAGUCCUUGGAACCUGGAUGUGCAUAGCUUCUGAUCCCCUGUGUGCAAUAAUAUAAUUUGCAGGGCAUUUCUCUUUGUUAAAAAUGUUUUUAAUAAUAGUUUUAAUAGUUCUUUUGAAAGUAGUGACAUCAUACCUGUAACUAAUCCACAUAAGCACCACAGAGAAGGCUUUGGACUGUUGUUUAGCUAAAACGUGGACUAUUUGGGGGCACUGGCUCAUUCUAGGAGUUUCCUUAUGGAACUCUCAGGAUAUCUUAUUUGAACACACCUGUUUUGAAGGGCCAUUUUCUUUUUAGAGUUAGGCCUUAGUGCUUAAGGGAUAAUUUAUUUUAGUGUUAUACUGGUAACAGGGUGAUAUAUGAGUGAGUGAGUGAGUGUGGCAAGAAUAGUUACAGCUUUUUUGGCUUAAUGUCAGACUUUGAAACCUCAGACCAGAACUGGCUGCAUGUUACUUCAGGAGUUGCAGGCUGGAACCUUCCUGAGGCAAUGGUGUGCUAUCCCCACAGCCUCUGGGGUUCCGCAGGCUUCCAGCAAAGCUGACUGCUCAGGAUGAUAGGCGGAGUGGCAGUUCCCCCCUUUAAAAUAAUGUUUUUUCAUCAUAUUCUUACUUGUUUGUUUUUGGUAUCAAUCCUUGGAAAACAUCCCAAAUUAGGAGUAGAUUUGAAUCUCAGCGUUUUAGGGCUUUAU